AUGUUCGCCGAUCUCCCCGUCCGCCUCUCGGUCGUAUCUCUGGCUUGGACGGCCGCCCUGUCCGUCCCUCAUGUCUUCCAGUUGAUCCAGCGAUCCUACGCACACCAAUAUCGUCUACUAGACGAUUCUUCUGACGACGAUAAAAAUCAGGCUUCGGGGAAAUCGCCCGAAUCCCUCGUCCAACGCGUCGUGCUAGCGGUCGCGGCAGCCGUCGGCGCUCUAGCCGCGUUUCUACCCCUUUGUCGCGAUGAUGCUACCGGCGCCUCGUCGCGGAUCGCGACAAUCCUGCAGCUGGCGACCUGGAUCCUUCUUCUUGGCCAGGAAUUGGUCCUCAUCACGCGCCCCCGAUCUCAAGACCGAUACGCGCUCGGCUGCUUCAGUGCCGGGGCAUCCCUGGCCUUGGGCGUCACAGUUGGCGGCCUCAAAGCGGUGGCCUGGCAUGACACGGAGGUGCGCAUGGCCGUGAGUCGCGACGUUGCGACCGUUGCGGUUCAGGUUCUCGCCGCCGCCAUCCUCACCAUCACAAACCUGUCCAUCCCCCGAGGACCCACGACGUAUCGCAAUGGCAAAGAGGUGGACCGGCGCGACGCUGUUUCGUUUCUCAGCCGGUACAGCUACGACUGGGCGCGCUCGACCCUGGCUGUGGCCGUCAAGAAUGGACGCCUCAACGCCGAGGACAUGCCCGUCGUGGCCGACUGGGUGCGCGCGCGAACGCUGGCGGAACGGUUUGCCGCCGUCAGCUCCAUCGGCACGCUGUGGAAACGAUGUCUCGCCAUCUACUGGCCCACCUUGAUCUUCCAGGUGAUUGUCCAGCUUCUCUCCGCGACAUGCCGGUUCCUGCCGCAGCUGGCUCUCUUCACGCUCCUGCGGGAAUUCGAGAAACGCGACGCCGGGGCCGACAAUCAGACGCGGCUAUGGCUGACGGCCGCCGGGCUCGGGGGCGUCUUGAUGCUGUCCUCUUGGUUUACCUCCCUCAUCGACUGGAUUGUGGACAUGCAUCUGGCCGUGCCCAUCCGGGAGCAGCUCUUUGCCGUCAUUACGAGCAAGGCAAUGCGUUUGAAAGAUAUUGCGGCGUCUGCCAAGGACAAGAAGGACGACUCUCUCGAGGCCGCCGACGACGUCGACGCAAGCGAUUCGGAGGACGAGGAUGAGGAUGCGCCCCCCCGAACCAAGCACUCUAUCCUCAACCUCCUGGGAGUCGACGUCGAUAACAUCUCCGACUUCGCGUCGUACAACCACUUGGCCUUGGACUGUACGCUUGAUCUUAUCAUUUCGCUCAUCUUCCUGACGAAGAUCAUGGGAUGGAAGCCCACAGUGUUAGGCUGCGGCAUACCCGUCCUGCUGACUCCCGUGUAUUACCUUCUCACCAAGCGAUACAGUGCCAGUGAAGAGGCGCUAAUGGAGCAUCGCGAUCGCAAGUCGUCGGUCUUGAACGAGGCGGUCCGAGGCAUCCGUCAAAUCAAGUUCGAUGCGCUGGAGAAUGACUGGCACGGGAAAAUCAUGAAAUUGCGCCAAAAAGAACUGGACCUUCAACUGUCGGUCUACAGGCUGGAUCUCGCCUUGGUAGCCAUCUGGUCCUUCGGGCCCAUUUGCAUGAGUAUCAUCUCGUUGGCCGUCUUUGUCUAUCUAAACAACACUAUCUCGGCCUCCAUUGCCUUCACGGCCAUGGCAAUCUUUGAGAGCAUGGAGUCUACACUGGCUAUUCUGCCCGAGAUGGUAACCGAUCUCUUGGAUGCCAAUGUGAGUGCGCGCCGAAUCGAUCGCUUUUUGAACCUGGAAGAGCGCCAGGAUGAUCGACAAUCUGGAGACAAGAUUUGUUUCCGACAGGCUACCGUUACUUGGCCGUCCGACGAAUCCCAAGAAGAGCUCACUCGAUUCCAUUUAACCGAUGUCGACUGUGACCUGCCGACUGGAAAGCUCACGGUGAUCUCAGGCCGCAGCGGUGCCGGAAAGACACUUUUGUUGCAUUCAAUCAUCGGCGAAGCUGAGGUGGUCACCGGCAGCGUGACCGUCCCCAAUAUUGACCCUCUCAGCGACCCCGAUUCUCCCGAGACGUGGAUCACCGAGGGGCGCAUGGCCUAUGUAUCUCAAGAUCCCUGGAUCGAAAAUUCGACGAUUCGAGACGCCAUCCUCUUCGGCCUCCCGUGGAACGCCAGUCGUUACUACGAGGUGCUCAGCGCGUGCGGGCUCAACCCCGAUAUCAAGACUUUCGCCGAGGGCGACCGAACGGAUAUCGGUGCAAACGGUGUUAAUCUCAGUGGAGGUCAGAAAUGGCGACUGGCUUUUGCCCGAGCCCUUUACAGUCGCGCCCAAAUCCUAGUGCUCGAUGAUAUCUUUAGCGCCGUCGACUCGCACGUCGGUCGCCACCUCUAUGAGAAGGCACUGACGGGGCCCCUUUGUGACGGCAGAACGAGGAUCUUGGCUACUCAUCAUGACCAACUGUGUCGAGGAGCCACGGCAUACUGUAUUGUCCUGGGCGAUGGGCGAAUGUUGAGUGCAGGCACCCCUGAGGAUUUGACCGCGGACACUUCGUUCAGCGCCAGUCUGUUAGACCCUGUCUCAGAGCAGUUACACCAAAAUGAAAAUUCCAACACUUCACACCGAAGGAAAUCUAUUGAGAUUUCUCACGGUAAACGUCGCUUUUCUACCUCGAGUGCCACAGGCCUGACUCGCCGCCUGACUGGCCAGGAGGAUCCAUCCCAUGGGAAUGCAGCGCCCGAUAAAUACUACGAGGAAGAGAAACGCGAGACUGGCGCGGUGAAGUCCCAAGUUUUCAAAACGUAUAUCCAUGCCUGUGGUGGUUACUUCCACUGGGUCCUGAUCAUCCUUUUCUGUCUUCUAACCUUGGUCGACAACCUAGCCGUUCCUUACUGGAUGUCUGUUUGGACCAGGGCCUACGACGAUACCCCGGUCUCUCCUGUGCUAACUGUCAAUGAGCCAUUGAACCGCGUGGCAAGUGCAGACUCUGUGGCGAUCUCCGGUUUGCACGUUGACUCCAAAUUGGCUUUCUACCUCGGCAUCUAUGUGGCACUAUCGCUUUCAUCUUUGUUCCUGGAGAUUCUUCGCUCCCUGUUAGUCUUCCAGGGAUCCAUUCGAGCGUCCAAGGCACUUUUUGAACAGUUCACUAAUGCCAUUCUCCGGGCGCCCUUACACUUCCUAGACACCACCCCGGUGGGCCGUAUUUUGAAUCGAUUCACCGCCGACUUUGGCGUCGUGGACUCGAGUCUGGCGUCAAAUCUGUCAUACCUGCUUCAUAGCUGUGUCCUGGUACUGGGUGCUAUUAUCGCCGCCGUCGUGAGCUCCCCGGCAGUUAUGGGCGUUGGCGUUCUCUCCCUGCUUGCAUCCUGGGGUGUAGCCUACCUUUACAUCACUGGUGCUCGGGAAUCCAAAAGACUUGAAAGUACCGCACGAUCGCCUAUAUUCGAACAAGUCGGUGCUUUGCUUACGGGACUUGCCACCAUUCGGGCAUAUGGGAGAGAAGCUGACUACGUCGGUCGGAUUUAUGAUCUGAUUGAUGACCAUUGUCAAGCUUUGUGGCACCGGUGGCUUUUCGCGUCGUGGAGAUCCUUCUGGCUCAGUAUGGUGGGCGCCUGUUUCGUUGCCGCGGUCGCCGUCACGUUUGUCGCAAUUCGCAAUCUGAACGCCCCGAUGGCGGGCUUUGCGCUAAGCUUUGCUCUGGAAAUGUCACAAAAUAUCUCGUGGUUGCUGGCGGAGUAUGCACAAUUGGAGCUCGAUUUCAACGCCGCCGAGCGCGUUUUCGAAUACACACAACUGGAACAAGAGUCUGCGGACGGAGCUCUGAUACCCGCCGCGUGGCCUACCAAAGGCGAAGUCGAAGUUACGGAUCUACACGUUAGCUAUAGUCCAGAUCUUCCGCCAGUUCUCAAAGGACUCAACUUCUCGGUCAACCAAGGCGAGCGCAUCGGAAUCGUCGGUCGAACGGGGGCUGGCAAAUCCUCUUUAGCUUUGGCUCUACUGCGUUUCCUCGAACCCCAGUCCGGUUCAGUUCGGGUUGACGGAGUAGACUUGGGCACCAUUCGAUUGCACGACGUCCGCUCCAGGAUCGGUAUUAUCCCGCAGGAUCCUGUUGUUUUUGCUGGGACGGUUCGCGAGGUGCUGGAUCCCUUCAGUCAAUACGAUGAUAGCGAGUUGCGUGAAGCACUCGAGAAGAUCGUCGUCGAAGAAAGCGAUAGCUCAUCCGGAACCUCCAACGAUAUCUUUUCUCUAUCGUCGUCUAUCGCCGAAGGCGGCCGCAAUCUUUCGCAAGGCCAACGACAACUCCUUUGCUUGGCGCGCGCUAUCGUAUCGCGGCCCAAAAUCUUGAUCAUGGACGAAGCGACCGCAUCGGUAGAUAUGGAAUCGGACGCGCGUAUCCAGCGAUCGAUCAGACAGGAUAUCCGUGACUGCACGUUGCUCGUUAUCGCGCAUCGGCUGUCGACCAUCGCUGACUUUGACCGUAUACUGGUGCUCGAUCAGGGGACAGUGGCCGAAUUCGAUAGUCCGUCGGUGUUGUUAGAGAAGGAAGAUGGAAUUUUCAGGGCGAUGGUGGAGCAUAGUGGUGAGAGAGCUGCUAUCGAGCAGAUGAUAAAGCCUGAUAGACCUUAG